ACGCUCUGAUUCAAGUCACAAGGCCAAUCAUCGACAAUUAUUCAGUUUGGCAACUCAGAUUCACUCACGUAUGGAAAUCAACGGCAAUCGUCUACAAUCAAUUCCAAUCCACUCAGGAAAUCGAAGGAUGUCGGAUCUGCAUGAGAAUCUAGAGGCGAUACUUCAAGAGGACAUGUCUCGUGACUUACCCGAGACGACAAUCAUCGCCGAUGGCUUUCUCCAACCGUCAUCCUCACCUGAACGCACCCACACAACUCAAGCUGAUGAUAUGGAUCAAGGAUACAUCAGUGACUCCAGUGACAUUUCAUUCAUUAGCUCACAAUCAUCUCAGGACUUACCCAGAAAGAGCAUGUCCUGGUAUCUUGCUCGCAUAUUCGAGUUCGAGCUCAAGGUCAUGAGUCAGAUCACUGGACUCAAAACGCUGCAAGGUCAUGAGAAUCUUUCAGCCACAUUCACGGAAUCUGAUGGAUUUGACUUCAUCCAUUCACGCCUUGCUCUCCUGGAGGACGAAUGGCAUCGGUUCACCUCCACUAAUGAUAGUUUCACUCAAUUUUGCACUGUGGACGUCCUGACAAGCUCAUACGUCCAAGAUAACAUUUAUGAUCAAGCCUACACAGCAUAUAUUGAUGCAAAACUCAACCUAACCACGCUUAUCAACAAAAUCAAUAUUUCAUCAGAUACUUUCAAGAUCAACACGCAGCUCAACUCGCAACAUUCAGUAAUCAAUCUUCCAUCACUUAAUAUCAAGCCAUUUUCUGGAGACUAUGGACUAUGGCCCGAGUUCAAGAAGACAUUCAUGUCUUUAGUAAUCAACAACGUUGGAUUAGCACCAGUGCAAAGGCUCCAUUAUCUGCAGACCAGCCUGACUGGUUCAGCUGCGUCAAUCAUAGCACAUUUUCCAAUGUGUAACUCUCAAUUCAUACACGCUUGGAAUAAAUUGCUAGCAAAGUAUGAUAAUCAUCGAUUAUUCAUUAGUGCUCACUUGGACAGGCUACUAAAUAUUCCUAAAAUCAGCUAUAAUUCGACUGCUCAACUUCAACAGUUCAUUGAUUCGGUAAGUGAAUCAAUCAAUGCACUUAAAGGUCAACAAGUCAUUCUUGGCGAGAGUGAUGAAAUUCUUCUCACUCAUUUACUUAUCUCCAAGCUAGACAGGUAUACGCAAAAAGCUUGGAACACCACCCUGCGAUCAUCAACAGAUUAUCCAACAUUCAAACAGCUUUCCAAGUUCCUGGCUGAUCGCUCACGAUCACAAGAACGGUUCAACACUUCAUCUCACAACACUGGAUCAAAUCACAACCACAUUCACCGCAUCAACUCGUCAAAGCAAGAUGUUGCUAGCUCCAGCACAUUGGUGGACAGUCAACAUCCAUCAAGACACUUAAUUAAUGAUGACAAACCAUUACGCAAGGCAACAGCAAAUCAGUAUCCGUGUGAGUUAUGCAAGGCUUCUCACUUCAUUGUGCACUGUCCUCAAUUUAAUAAGUUCACAUCAACUCAACGAGCUCUGGUUGUCAUCAACAAAGGACUGUGUCCAAAUUGCCUUGGACGUCAUAUUCUACAAUCGUGCAAAACAGCACUCAGGUGCAAGGUCUGCCACCUAAAACAUCACACCAUGAUUCACCAUGGACUUGUCCAUGUGCAGUCAACCAAUCAACCAACGUCAGCUCAGGAUUAACCACGAUCAAUGUCAAGGCUGAUUGAUCGCUUAACCAGUACUCACCUCUACUAGCUAAAUCAUCAGGAUCAACGUGCUGAAAAUCAUCGCUCAAAUACUGAAGUCGUUAGACAGUCAUCACGAAUCAGAUAAGUACUCUUCCAAUUACACUGGUGUAAUUUCGUGCUCUAAUUUCGUUUCAUUUCAGAAUUUCUGACCAAGGAAGCAUUUCUGAAAUACUGAGGCAAUAUACAUCAUCAUAAUCUCCAGCGAUUCAUCUGUAACGUGAUGCAUCCAUUCAUCCUACGCUCAAGCUUGACCUCAUUGAUACGUCAAGUUUUACCUGGUCACUAGACACCUGAUUCACUCAUGGCGGGCGGAUUGCUGCCUAAUUACACCUGCAAUCACUUUCUCGGAAUCACUUCACCUCUACGCAUCGACUAUCAGUGCUUUAGUCUAGAUGCAUUCAACUACAUCGCAGCAGUUAAGCAAUACUCUUAGU